UCCCGGGCAGGGAGGGAGGGAGUGUGUGUGAAGAUGCCGUUCUACAAGCAGCGGCAGGUCAGCUGCCUCUACAAGUACCUGCUGUUCGGCCUCAACGUCGUCUUCUGGGUGGCAGGUGCUGGGCUCCUUGCAAUCACCUUCUGGGCGUGGAAUGAGAAGGGCGUGUUGAACAUCCAGUCGAUCACGGAGCUGAAAGGCUUCGACCCAGUCUGGGUGAUUCUCACGGUGGGCCUGCUGACCUUUAUCCUGGGCUUUGCUGGCUGCAUUGGAGCCCUGCGUGAAAACAUCUGCCUGCUCAAGUUUUUCUCGCUGAUCAUCGGCACGAUCUUCACGGUGGAGUUGGCGGCGGGGAUCCUGGGCUUUGUGUUCCAGGACUGGGUGAAGGAGCAGGUGCAGAGCUUUGUCCGAGACAACAUCGGGGUGUAUCGAGAGGACAUCGACCUGCAGAACCUCAUUGAUGCCAUUCAGAAAUACAUGCAGUGCUGCGGUGCUGGUGGCGUUGACGACUGGAACAACAACGUCUACUUCAACUGUUCGGAGGACAACGGGAGCCGGGAGCGGUGUGGCGUUCCCUUCUCCUGCUGCAUCCCUGACCCCGCACACAACGUGGUGAACACCCAGUGUGGGUACGACAUCCGCGCCAAGGGCCAGGUGAAGGACAACCUGGUCAUCUACACCAAGGGCUGUGUUCAGGCCUUCGAGGACUGGCUGCCCCGGAACAUCUACUUGGUAGCUGGAGCCCUGCUCGUCAUCGCCUUCCUGCAGAUAUUCUCCAUUUACCUUGCGCGUUCUCUGAUUGGUGAAAUCAAAGCAAUAAAGGCUGGCUGGCGCUUCUGACCGCCCGGGAUCCAGGCAUCGAGUUCAGCGUCGCAAACUGUCAAAGAAUGUGUAUUUUUGUGCCAAAGGACAAUGUAAUCGUGACUGUAUUUGCUGGUUCGCCCAGUGGGUGGAUCUGUGCUGCCCGUCUGUAUCUCCAGCACCACCGUGCCAGCAGACUGGCCCUGAUCUCCUGGCGAGGGUCGUCCUGCCAUGCUGGGCACUGCGGGUGUGUGUGAGGAGUUGUUUGUGCACUGUCAGUGAUGGUGCCAGGUGAUGAGCGUUUACUGCAGGGCAGCGCUGACGCAGACUGGAGCCACCGUUACCCUCUAGUCCGUGCUACACUGUUGGGCAACAGCACAGGAGAUGGGUAAACACACAAUGUUGGAGUAACUCUGCGGGACAUGUUGCAUCUGGAGAAAAGGAAUGGGUGAUGUUUCGGGGCGAGACCCUUCUUCAGACUGAUUCAGGGGAGAGGGAGAUACAGAGAUAAGGAAAUGUAAGGUGUGAAAACAAGACAAAGGGGAUAGAGAUCAAGGACAAUGUAGAGUAUGUCAUUGUUAGCUGGGAGAAGGUAACAACAAAGCAAAAAUGUAAACAAGGACAGUCAGACUGUCAGAGAACUGGGCAGAGGGGGCAGGGAUGUAGACAGGGAAGGCAAGGGUUACUUAAAGUUAGAGAAGUCAAUGUUCUCUACACACCGUGGGCUGGGGGGGGCGGUGUACACCACUUGUUCUGUGUACGUCGAGGGCUCGGGCAGCGUACACACCGUGGGCACUUGUCUGGUGUACACACUGUCGGCACAGGGACUGUGUACACACCAUGUAGUUUACAUAGCAUGUGGACAGUGUAGACACUGGGCACACGCGCAUAGUGUACAUAUAGGGGGGUAGGGUUGCCAACUUUCUCACUCCCAAAUAACAGACAAAAGGUCAAAAUACGGGGCAAUUCGUUGAGCGACUCAGCCGUGGCUGGGUGAAUGAUGAGUUGGCACUGGUACUGGACUGCACACAAAGCCCAGCCGGCGGGCCAGCUGAGGAGUUUUGGCCCAUCCAACUCCUGAACCGAUGAUUGGACAUGAGAAGGAGGGGUGGUGGUGUUGGUGGUAAAUGAAGGUCCAAACGUUGGACAGCUGCCGGGCUGCCAACCGACCGACGGGGCCACGGGCGAGACACGGCUGCUGCUGCUGCUGCUGCACUACAUUGGGACGGGUGAGGUGGGGCCGGACGUGGCACUCCGACCCGAUGGUCCCCUCGACCCGAGUAGUAGCGGUCAAAUAUGGGACAAGGGACAAACCAAUUUAUCCCAAUAUACGGGAUGUCCUGGCUAAUACGGGCUAGUUGUCAACCCUACCACUGUCACUGAGCCCUGGGCUGCAGUAGCAGUUGUGUCUGCUACAGGCAGGCUUCUGCAGCCCAGGCCAGGCCUCUGUAGCCCAGAACAGGCCCCUGUAGCCCACGACAGCCCCCUGUAGCCCAUGACCGGCAGCUGUAGCUGGCACCAGUACAGAGGCCAUGUUCCCUGCCCCGGAGCGGGGGGGGGGUCAGCACCGGCCCUUGUUUGGCCGUUCAUGGGUAGAGAGGGGUGGGCAUUGCCCCUGAUUCAGUGACACCCCCAGUCACGCUGACCCCUGCUAAGCUGAGGUGUGUGUGUGGGGACACAGAGAGACGGGGGGCUCUGUCAUGCCACCAGCUUCCAUACACCACAACAUUAUUAUCUGAAGAAGGGUCUUGACCUGAAACGUCACCCAUUUCUUCUCCCCAGAGAUGCUGCCUGUCCCGCUGAGUUACUCCAGCAUUUUGUGUCUACACUGUAAACCAGCAUCUGCAGUUCUUUCUACACAACAUUUUUGUUGGUGAAUAUAUGAAUAUUUGUAUUUGUUUUUUAAAAGUGAAUAAAGAAGCUUGGCUUUUGA